GCCGCGGAGCCGCUCGGCCCUGCGAGCGCCCGAGAGGCGGGGGCGCGCUGUCACGUGCGGGGGCGCGCGGCGGCGGGCGCGCGCAGCGCUUUAAAGGCGCGGAGGCGGCAGGAGCGGCUGCUCGGCCCGGAGCGGACGGCGGGACACGGCGGCAGCUCCGGCGACAUGUGCGGCGCACGGGGAAGCAUUUGGCUGGUUCUGGCCGCGGCGCUGCUGCACGUGUCCCUGCAAGGCGAGUUCCAGAGGAGGCUGUACAAGGAGCUGGUCAAGAACUACAACCCGCUGGAGAGGCCGGUGGCCAACGACUCGCAGCCGCUCACCGUGUACUUCUCCCUGAGCCUCCUGCAGAUCAUGGAUGUGGAUGAGAAGAACCAAGUUUUAACCACCAACAUUUGGCUGCAAAUGUCUUGGACAGAUCACUAUUUGCAGUGGAACAUGUCUGAGUACCCGGGAGUGAAGAAUGUUCGUUUCCCAGAUGGCCAGAUUUGGAAACCAGACAUUCUUCUCUAUAACAGUGCUGAUGAACGGUUUGAUGCCACAUUCCACACCAAUGUCUUGGUGAAUGCAUCUGGGCAUUGCCAGUAUCUUCCUCCAGGCAUAUUCAAGAGCUCCUGCUACAUUGAUGUGCGCUGGUUCCCUUUUGAUGUGCAACAGUGUAAGCUGAAGUUUGGAUCCUGGUCCUAUGGAGGGUGGUCCCUGGACCUGCAGAUGCAGGAGGCAGAUAUCAGCAGCUAUAUCCCCAAUGGAGAAUGGGAUCUCAUGGGAAUCCCUGGCAAGAGGAAUGAGAAGUUCUAUGAAUGCUGCAAAGAGCCAUACCCAGAUGUCACCUAUACAGUAACCAUGCGCCGCAGGACGCUCUACUAUGGUCUCAACCUGCUCAUCCCCUGUGUGCUCAUCUCGGCUCUAGCUCUGCUGGUAUUCUUGCUCCCUGCAGACUCUGGGGAGAAAAUCUCCCUUGGAAUAACUGUCUUGCUUUCUCUGACUGUCUUCAUGCUGCUUGUGGCUGAGAUCAUGCCUGCAACAUCUGAUUCCGUGCCCUUGAUAGCACAGUACUUUGCCAGCACCAUGAUCAUCGUGGGCCUGUCUGUGGUGGUGACAGUGAUUGUGCUGCGAUAUCACCAUCAUGACCCUGAUGGCGGCAAAAUGCCCAAGUGGACCAGGAUCAUUCUUCUGAACUGGUGUGCAUGGUUCCUGCGCAUGAAGAGGCCCGGGGAGGACAAGGUGCGGCCAGCUUGUCAGCACAAGGCUCGUCGCUGCAGCCUGGCCAGUGUGGAGCUGAGCGCAGGUGCCGGGCCACCCACCAGCAAUGGCAACCUGCUCUACAUCGGCUUCCGAGGCCUGGAGGGCAUGCACUGUGCCCCAACUCCAGACUCUGGGGUUGUGUGUGGUCGUUUGGCCUGCUCCCCAACACACGAUGAGCAUCUCCUGCAUGGUACACACACUUCUGAUGGGGACCCCGACCUGGCCAAGAUCCUGGAGGAGGUCCGCUACAUCGCCAACCGCUUCCGCUGCCAGGAGGAGAGUGAAGUGGUCUGCAGUGAGUGGAAGUUUGCAGCCUGCGUGGUGGACCGCUUGUGCCUCAUGGCCUUUUCGGUCUUUACCAUCAUCUGCACCAUUGGCAUCCUCAUGUCAGCCCCAAACUUUGUGGAGGCUGUCUCCAAAGACUUUGCUUAAUAUCACCACAUAGGAAAUGUACUGAUAGGGAAAGUAUCUGGAGGGUGAGACUUGGGGUCCUAACCCCAUAUUGUGCUAAAUGGAACAACUCUGAAGUAUCCAUGUAGCUGUCAGUCUUGAGACUUAGUUUCCUGGUUACUUUAACUAAAAAGAUCCCAGCACCCUUCUGUUUUGUUUUUUUUUGUUGUUGUUGUUGUUGUUUGUUUGUUUGUUUUUUGUUUUUCUUUCUCACAAUUACCAUUGGCAUAUUCUUGACUUCAGCAGGGGCACUAAGUGGUCCUUUGCCCCCUCAGUGGCUGUCUUUGGCCGGUAGAGGCCUCUUCAGUUGGUGUUGCAUGCCUGCAUGCCCCUGGGUAUGGGCUCACAUAAGAAUUCACUGUCUGCCUGUGCCAUGCACAGACCCAGGCUGAAACCAAUGCCAAGCGGCACUCACUGGGUCCAUUUCAACAACUUCCUUCCGAAGGAAGGCAACACAAUUUCAGUUCUCUGCAGGCUUUUUUGUUUUGUGUGUGUGAUUUAACUUACCUUUUUUUUCUUUACUAGUGAUCAACUUUAUACCACAGAGAAAACUGGCCUUCUAAAUGAUGUUUUCAGCAAGCUGGUUCCUCUAGCUCUGUACUGUUCAUGAAAUUAGCACACAGGUUGUGUCAGUUCUAAACUAGGACUAGUCUUGGCCAAAAGCAUUGGGAGGCUGUGGCCCUGUAGAUAUCAGGCUUCACAUUGUUGUGCCCAUGUCCUGAGGGAUGACUUGAUUCUGUUUUGUUGUGCAAAAGCUGAAGGGCAAAUAGAGUUCUGAGUGUUAACAAGGGAGUAGCUGACACUUCGAAAAACCAUUUGAUGGGUGUUUUUAAAAUAAGAGUUAUAACUAAUUAAUGAGGCAAUUCCACAUAAU